AUGCACAUUGUGGGUUAUUAUAUAAACUGCCCUAUCACACAGCUCUUUACAAAUGUUCAACGACUUUUUCCUGGACUUCAUCCUAACUACUAUGUCUUUGUAUCUGCAAUUAUGUUUUUCAUUUAUUUGUUCAUUUUAAUAGGAAAUGGGAUUUUUCAGAUUUUUUUUGCAACGAACAAAAGUCUCCAUAAACCUAUGUAUUAUAUUUAUAUAAAUCUUGUGUUGUCUGAUGUAUUGUUCUGUACAUGCACCUUACCAAAGAUCAUUGCUAGAUAUUGGUUCCAAGAAGGGAUCAUUUCCUUUGCAGCAUGUUUUUUCCAAAUGUACUUAGUGCAUUAUUUUGGUGUGGUCAAUUCCUAUACACUAGCUGUAAUGGCCAUAGAUCGAUAUGGGGCAAUCUGCUUCCCAUUUCAUUACCAUAUUUUUAUGUCAAACAGAAAUAUAGUAAUUCUAAGCAUAGUGGUCUGGCUUUUUGCUCAUCCUAACAGUAUAAUGAUGGUUGUUCAGGCUUAUCCUCUUCCUUACUGUGGAGCUAAUACCAUUGUACACUGUUAUUGUGAUCAUAUAUCUAUUACCCGACUUGCAUGCACAGACAGUACUCUAUAUAGUUUUCCAGCUUUUGUUUAUGCCAUGGUAGUACUGCUAGGAUCUCUUGCCAUCAUUGUGCUCUCCUAUUCCUUUAUUAUUUUAGCUAUUCUAAAAAUAUCAAGUACUCAGGGGCGGCUAAAGACUUUUUCCACAUGUAGUUCUCAGCUUAUAAUAAUUGCGCUCUUCUUCUUAGCAAGGUGUUUUAAUUACUUGGCUGCUUAUGUAUGUAUUACAUUUAAUGCUGAUUUGCAAAUAGCAAUUGUUUUGCUGUAUAGCAUGCUACCUCUAAUGAUCAACCCUUUAAUCUACAGUCUAAAAACAGAAGAAGUUAAGAAUAUUUUGAUAAGAAAAUAUUUUAAAAUGGAAUACGCUUUACUCAUGGUGCCUGAUUUCAGCAGAUACUGCAGUAAUCAAACAGUUAAAUGA